CUCACCCACACUCUCCCUUGGUGCAGUGGGGUAUAAAUACCCUAAGGGUGCAAAUAUCAGAGCAAAAUCAAGCUGUUGGGGGGCCCAGCCACAGCGCAUCCCCAUAGUCGGGGCUCAAAUCUACAAUCACAACUCUCCACCCCCUGCUCUUCUCUUGCACAUCCAACACCAGCCUGCAUUUUUCAAGGCUGGCAGGAAGGUUGGAGGGCACAUGUCUGGAGUAACCAUAUCCCUGUGCUGGCACAGCUGAAAAUGCAGAGAGGGCAGGAGUGAAGGGGAACAGGAGUGUCCAGGCACCAGGAAAGAAGGAGUUACAGAAGCCAUGCCCCAGAACAGCCCUGGAGACCUGCAGUGUCACAUAGCAACACUUAACCUUCCAGGAGCACAACAGGUUUGUUCCAGGAGUGCAACAGGUUUGGCUCUGCUCACAGCAACUUGCAAGACAAAGAUUGAUCCUGGGCAGUGACAUCCACCAGAGACAAGUUCCCUGAGUUUACUCUGGAAGGACAGAAGUGGGACUAAGGGCCCCCCCUAUGGCUGAGCAGCCCUUCCCAGAGACAGCCCUGCUAGCCCAGGUGCUGGCUGCAGACAACACUGAAGCCCCUUCACUCCGCACUACACGCCGUGGGUCCCAGCCCCCAGCCCGGGGCACCGAGGACAGCAAACCACCACCCCUGCUCUCCCGCCGCAACUCCAUCCUCAGCCGCCGCAGCUCAUUCGGGAUGGUCCCAGGGAGCAGGCGUCCCUCCAUUGGCCCCUGGAUGCUCCACAGACGUGUUAGCUUCUCUGGGCUCCCAAUUUUCCAACCCAUCCUCAAGACCCGCCUUGAAAACACUUACAGGAUAGGGCCAGACAAAGGCUGCAAGUUUGAUGCGGAGCGGGUGCAACAUGUGCUGGAGGGGACCCUGGCCCGUGCCUUGGGGACCACUGUAUACAAUCCCCAGGGCAGUGCCCCACUAGCCCAGAGCCUGACUGAGCUGCUGCAGAACCAGGCCAAGGAGGUGGUGCCACCCCGCUACAAGCUGGUCUGCCACGUAGUGUUGGGCCAGCAGGGCCAGCAGAGCCUGUUGGUGGCUAGUCGGGGACUGUGGGACCCUGAGACUGACAGCUUUGCCUCUGCCACCUUCUCCAAUGCCUCCCUUUUUGCUGUGGCCACAGUGUACGGGGUCUACUUCGAGUAGCAUGUGCUCUGCAUCCACCCACUCUUGCAGAGCCUGUA